AUGCCAGUCCUUAACUCCAAUUGGCCGGUCUCUCACUCUCCUUUCCUCUCCUCUCCAUUUAGCUGUGCGACUUCCGAGGCGGCGCAGGAGUUUCAUUUGCAAGGCAUAAUGGCUGAUCAAUUCCAGCACCCAACUGUCAUUCGGAAGGUAGCUAACCAGUUGCAUUUAAGCGCCAACCUGUCCCAAGAUGUUCAAGCUCGUUAUGGAGGAUUCCAGACGCCUGCACUUUACCAGAGGCGUUUUGCAUAUGGCAACUAUUCAAAUACAGGAUUUCAGUAUCCCAUGUCACAAACAUGUGGAGCCACCAAUGAUCUCUCAUUGAUAGCCUCAAAUGCCUCGCCUGUGUUUGUCCAGGCUCCUUCAGAGAAAGGCUUGGCUGGCUUUGCCAUUGAUUUUCUUAUGGGUGGUGUUUCAGCUGCUGUGUCCAAAACUGCUGCUGCUCCAAUUGAGCGUGUGAAGCUUUUGAUCCAAAACCAAGAUGAGAUGCUCAAGAGUGGUCGGCUUUCUGAACCCUACAAAGGUAUUGGUGAUUGUUUUGGGCGAACAAUUAAGGAUGAAGGUUUCAUAUCAUUGUGGAGAGGCAACACAGCUAAUGUCAUCCGUUACUUCCCCACUCAGGCGUUGAACUUUGCAUUCAAGGAUUACUUUAAGAGGCUGUUCAAUUUCAAGAAGGACCGUGAUGGCUACUGGAAGUGGUUUGCUGGCAACCUGGCAUCUGGUGGUGCUGCUGGUGCCUCCUCUCUACUCUUCGUCUACUCACUGGAUUAUGCUCGAACCCGUUUGGCAAAUGAUGCCAAGGCUGCAAAGAAGGGAGGAGAGAGGCAGUUCAAUGGGUUGAUUGAUGUCUACAGGAAAACCUUCCAAUCUGAUGGCCUUGCCGGUCUUUACCGUGGAUUCAACAUUUCAUGUGUCGGCAUCAUUGUUUAUCGUGGUUUGUACUUCGGAAUGUAUGACUCGCUGAAGCCUGUGAUCCUGACUGGACAGUUUCAGGAUAGUUUUUUUGCCAGCUUUGCUCUUGGUUGGGUUAUCACAAAUGGUGCUGGCCUUGCAUCCUACCCAAUUGACACAGUCCGGAGAAGAAUGAUGAUGACGUCUGGUGAAGCUGUCAAGUACAAGAGUUCACUUGAUGCAUUCUCUCAAAUCCUUAAGAACGAGGGCGCUAAAUCUCUUUUCAAGGGUGCAGGUGCAAACAUCCUCCGUGCUGUUGCCGGAGCUGGUGUGCUUGCGGGCUAUGACAAGCUCCAGUUGAUUGUGUUUGGAAAGAAGUAUGGUUCUGGUGGGGCCUAAUAGAUACCAUCUUUUUUCCUCACUCAUUUUAGUUUCCGAUGGUGAUGAAAAUCUUUUUUGAGUUUAAUAUGAGAAGUCAUCCGGGGCCAGUUUUCACUUGUUUGAAUAACUAGGAGAUUAGACUUAGACUGGGUUUUGUCCCAAACAUUGUUCCCUGAUCUUAUCACCAGGGUAUUUUGUUCUCACAAAUCUUGAUUAUCAUAGAUGUUACAAUGGCUCAGCAUGGAUUUUAAUAGUAUUUCUGGGAGUACACUUUCCUGUGAACUGUUAGUAUAGUUGAUGCCUUUUCUGCUGCUUUUCGGGCUGUAUCUCCGGUUUAACUAGGCAGAGCUAGUUACACUUCAGCUAUGGGAUUGAGUCAAGAAAGUCGAAGGCUUCCUUAAUUGCUUUGCUGCAGAUACACGUAAUAUGAACACUGAUUAUAGGUAAUGCCUUUUCUGGUGUUUUUGGUGGCGAUCUCUGGUUUUAUUGAUUUCUAGUUGUACUGGGCAAUGAAUUGGGUUUGAAGACUUUAUUGUUGAUUUCUUCUUUCAACUUUGAAUUUCGAUUUAAGAGUUAGUUUAUUUAAGGGGUUGCUAUGGUAGUGCAUCUCAUAGGGUUUAUGAUUCGUAACAGAGAAAAGGAGCUUAUUAUGCCAUUCAUAUCCUUUAGGGAUUGUCUUGGUAUUCUUACUUUAUAUUCAAGGGAAAGCUUGUACCUGGUGGUGUAGAUUCCACAUGCAGUUCUCUAAUGAUGUAUUGAUCAUUUACAGUCUAAGA